CUACAAAACAAAUUACUAACUCAAAGCAAAUAACAGACCCAAGUGAUAAAGACCAUCCUGAUGAAGACGAUUCUGGCAUGGUAUAUGAGAAUGAGGAAGUUUCUGAAAGCAUUGCUGAUAACGAAGUUUCAGGCACACUGACAGUAGCAAACACUUCCAAAGGUCAUCAUCAAACUACAAAUUUAGGCUCACCUGGUCAAGUUCCUGUAGUCUCCAGUUCUACUUCAUUGAAUACAUCAGACAUUGAAGUACUAACCACUUCAAAUGAAAGAGGUAAGCGCAGUUGGGACAAGCCUCAGUUUUGUCCAUUCUGUCUGAUUCCACAAAAGAAGUUGCCACGGCAUUUAGCAUCUAUUCACAAAGAGGAACUACAAGUAGAGCAGUGGCUUGCCACAAAAGACAACAGAGAACGGACAAAGCAGCUUACUAUUAUGAGGAACUAUGGAAACUUUCUUCAUAAUGCGAAAGUACUUGACGAGGGAAAGGGCACUCUUAUCGUAGUGUAUAGGCCCUCAUAUAAAGUUAAUCCCACUGACUAUUUGCCUUGCACCAACUGCUUUGGCUAUUUUGCACAAAAUGAUUUAUGGAAGCAUAAAUGCUGCCAGACAGUUGAUGUUGAGGUAAAUGAUGCAGAAGAACCAUAUCAAAAGAAAAGAAAAACUGGACUAAGAAAAGCUAGCAGAAUGAUGCUGCCAACCAAACCAGGUGUUAGUCAGCGAACCCACCAAAUAUUGUCCAGCCUGAAAAGUGACAAUAUAAGCAGACUUGUCCGAUCAGACCGACUGAUUACGAUGUUUGCAGAGAAGUUGACAAAGAAGCAUGGUCACUCAAAAGAUCAGGAAGGCUACAUAAGACAGCGGUUGCGUGAGGUGGCCAGAAUGGUUUUAGAGUACAGACUGUUCACUCAGCAUUCUAAUGCUAUGUUAGCUGAUCUCAUUUGUCCAGAGAAAUUCAAUGAAGUCAUUGAAGCAACAAGACGAGCAGCAGGAUUUCAAGAGGAAACCAAUUUAUACACAACCCCAAGCCUUGCACUGAAAAUAGGACAUAGCCUGAAGUCAUGUGCAGAAAUUCUAAGAGGAGAUGCACUUUUGUCCAGGGACACAGUUCUUGAGAAGGAUUGUAAGGCUGUAAUAUCAUUGUACAACUUGAAUUGGGAAGGCGAAGUAAGCCACCAUGCUCUGAGAACAUUGCAUGAAGUCAAGAGGAACAAUCCUAAGUUGUUGCCGUUAACUGGAGAUAUUGUUAAAUUAUCAAGGUACCUCAAGAAUCAAGUACAAGAAAGGCACAAAGAGCUGCAGAAAACUAACAAGGAUGUGCCCAAAGUUUGGACAAAGUUGGCUGAACUUCUUCUGACACAAAUCAUUGUGUUCAACCGUAAAAGGCCUGGAGAGGUAUCGAAGAUGACCUUGAGUGAUUACAGCAAGUGUGCUAAUGGGGAAACCUGUGUUGUUGAUGGCGCCUUGUCACCACUGGAGAAGGCACUGUGUAAGGUGCUAUGGAGAGUCGAAAUUAUCGGAAAACGUUUGCGAACCGUUGUAGUACUAUUCACUGCCCAGAUGAAAGAGGCCCUUGACACACUGAGGAAAAGAAGAAUUGAUGCAGGCAUAGAUGUCAACAAUGUCUUCCUGUUUAGUAAUCAGAGAGGACUGGCACACAUUAGGGGGACUGACACACUUAGAGAACAUGCCUCAAAGUGCAAAGCAAGUAAUCCUGAAUUCUUACGUGCAACCAGACUCAGAAAACACAUUGCAACAGUAUCGCAAGUGAUGAACCUCCAGGACAAUGAGCUUGACCUGCUGGCAGGCUUCCUUGGACAUGAUGUGAGAACACACCGUGAGUUCUACCGCAUGCCUGAGUCCACACUUCAAGUUGCAAAACUUUCAAAGGUCCUUCUGAAGAUGGAGAAGGGUGAUGUACAGGGAUUAGCUGGUAAAAGCCUGAAAGAUGUGGAGCUGGACCCUAGUGAAGAAUACGAUACAGAUGAGAAAUCAGACGAUGACAGUGAUCCUGAACCUGAGACAUCUGUACCAGAGAAAACAAAAGAACCAGCAGAAACAGAAGCUGCACAACAACAACGGAAGAAGCAAUGGACAUUGGCUGAAAAACAAGCAGUCGUGAGACAUCUUGGAAGCUUCUUAAGGUCAAGGAAAGUUCCAGGGAAGGGACCGAUUUCUGCUCUCAUGAAAGCUGAACCCCGUCUUUUUACUGAUCGUUCCUGGAGAAACGUCAAGGACUUUGUCAGAAACCAAGUCAGGAAAAAAGAUCAGUUUAGCUUCCUUAAGAAUCUUUGAAGAAAGCAACUAUGACAAAGCCAGCUAUUUGAAACUGUGUUUGCACGUAUACAGCAUAUUAAGUUUAAUUUUAAUUCUUCGUUUUUCUUCUUGCCAAGAUGAGAGAACAAGCAGCCAUUAAUCGAAGUUUAUUUCCAGUAACGAGUAGUUGCAAACGAUUAAGCUUAAUACUGAAAUAUUGUUUUAUCUUACUCAAAAGUUUACUUAUUUAUUUGGUUUA